AUGUCAGCUUUUUCAACUUUAUGUGAAAGGCAAAUUCAUAGAAUUAGGCAACAUCUUUUCAAAGCAAUUUUGGCACAAGAACCUGGAUGGUUUGAUCGCCCUUCUAAUCAAGUUGGAGCUUUAACCCACAAAAUGAGCUAUGGUGUUGAGAAAAUAAAAGCUGGCAUGAAUGAUAAGGUUGCAAUAUGUAUCCAAGCUAUAUCUUGUUGUGUAGCUGGAAUAUUUUAUGGAGUAAGUAUGAGUUGGCGAAUGACAUUAGUUAUGUUGGGUGUUUCUCCAUUUCUGGUCAUUUCUUUUGUCGGUUCCGCCACCGCAGCUUCAAAAUUAGUAAGGAAAGAAAUGAGUGCCUAUUCGGCGGCUGGUGCUGUUGCCGAGGAAGUACUUAAUGGAAUAAAAACUGUUACGUCUUUUAAUGCCCAAUAUUUUGAAAUUGGUCGUUAUAAAAAACAUUUGGACGAGGGAAGAAAGACUGGGAUUUGUAAAGGUACCUGGAUAGCUUUCUUCGCAGGUAUUCAUUUGCUUGUUAUGUUUGGUUCGAUGGGUGCUGCUUUUUGGUACGGGACUUGGCUUGUAUUGCAAGGGACUAUUUCUCCUGGAACUGUAUUUGCCGUAUUCUGGUCAGUGGUUGCCGGUGCGUUGCGUAUUGGCCAGGCAUUGCCAGAAAUUGGAGUUAUUGUAGCUUCUAAAUUGGCAGCUGGAGAAUUGUUCUCCAUAAUUGACCGUAGCCCAACCAUUGAAGCUUGUAGUGAAAGUGGAAUGAAACUUGCUAAUGUUAAAGGAGAAAUAGAAUUUGUUGAUGUUCAUUUUACAUAUCCAACAAGGCCUAAAGUACCUAUACUUAGAGGAGUUUCUUUUUCUGUCAAAUCUGGAGAGUCAGUAGCGUUAGUUGGACAUUCUGGAUGUGGAAAAUCUACAAUGGUUGGACUAUUAAUGAGAUUUUAUGAUUCGAAACGUGGUUGUGUUACUCUUGAUGGGUUACCAAUACGUGAUUUAAACAUUGAAUGGUUACGCAACAAUAUAGCUCUUGUGCAACAAGAACCGAUACUUUUUGCGGAUACUGUUGAAGCAAACAUUCGAAUGGGAAAAGAGGAUGUGACUGUUGAAGAGAUGAUAGAUGUUUGUAGAAUGGCUAAUGCACACGAAUUUAUUUGUAAAUUACCCGAAGGGUACCGUACACGUAUAGGCCAGGGCGGUGUGCAACUUUCUGGUGGACAGAAACAAAGACUAGCAAUUGCUCGGGCAUUAGUUAGAAAUCCUCGUAUUCUCCUUUUGGACGAAGCUACGAGUGCAUUAGAUGCAGAAAGUGAGCAAGUUGUACAGGAAGCGCUCGAAAGAGCAAGUUCCGGUCGGACAACUAUUACAAUUGCGCAUCGACUUAGCACUGUUCGCAAUGUUGAUCGCAUUAUCGUCUUUGAACGGGGGCAGAUUGUUGAAACAGGGAACCACGAAAAAUUAAUGUCCAACCCCGAUUCAGUCUAUCGUCAAUUGGUUCUUGCCCAACAAAUUUCCGGAAAUAGUUCACCAGGCUUUGAAACGGAUGAAAACUCGUCUGAUGAUGAUAUUGACACUAAUCAACGAAAAUCUUCAUAUCACCAUACUCCUCGAGCAAUAAGAAACUCUAUCGCUAGUCUAAGCAGUAUCACAAUAAAUAAUAAAAUGGCACGUGCCUCAGAAAGAAUUGGUCGUUCAAUGACUUCUGUAAAUGAAGGAAAUGAGGAGGAAAUGGAAGAAUUGGAUGAAGUUAUGCAAGAAUUAGAAGCAAAACCAGCUUCUGUUUGGGAAAUUUUAUUGUAUGCAAGAAAAGAAGUUUUGUUUAUUGUUGUUGGAGUGCUUCUCGCUCUUUGUAGAGGAGUGUCUUUCCCUGUUUUUUCAAUAAUUUAUGGCCGAUUAUUCCUUGACCUUUCUAAUUCUAUUGAACUCCAACAAAACACAAUUAACAACACAAUUGUUAAUAUUACACAAGAAGAAAGUGUAUGUUUGUUUAAACAUUUUGUGGGGGAAUUGUGUUUUAGAAAUAAAAACAAACAAAACACAAUUUAA